AUGGUAACGGGUCCAGAACGCCUCCCGGGUGUUAUAACGCAGCAGAUGCAGAACCUACAGUUGUCCCAGACCAGGAAGUGCCCCGGCGGGCCGGCCUCCCCCAAUGCCGCCAAGCGCCUCUACAGGAACCUGUCGGAGAAGCUGCGAGGAAGCACCUCCUCCUUCGAAGAUGCCUACUUCUUUGGCAAGACGGAUCGGCUCCGUAAAGCCUCGACGAUGCAGGGCAGCGACUGCAUCUUCGAGGCGGUGGAGCAGCAGGACCUGGACGCCGUGCAGAUCCUUCUGUACCAGUGUUCGGCCGAGGAGCUGGACCUGAACACUCCCAACAGCCAGGGCCUGACGCCGCUCGACAUCGCCAUCAUGACCAACAACACGCCCAUCGCCAAGCUGCUGCUGAAAGCCGGCGGCAAGGAGAGCCCGCACUUCGUGAGCGUGGAGAGUCGCGAGGCUCACCUGAACUCUCUGGUGCUGGAGGCGGAGCGGCGGGCGGUCGACCUGGCGGCUCAGGCUCAGAGGGACGGCCUCUCGCUGGAGGCCUGCCACAAAGACAAACAGCUGAGGGCGUGGGAGUGGAGGUGCAAGCUGUACAAACGCAUGAGGACGGGCUUCCAGCACGCACGUGCCCCGGAGGCCCCGUCCAUGGUUCGACUGAGCGUGAGCAGUAGCAGCACUCUGACCGUCACCUUCCAGGAACCGCAGUGUCUCAACUCCACUGUGGUGACCAAGUACAGAGUGGAAUGGAGCUGCCUGAAGGACUUCUCGCUGCUCGCCGGAGAGAUGGUGUUGGAUAACCUGCAGAGCCUCAAGUGCACCAUCAGCAGCCUCACCACGGGUCGGCUCUACUACGUUCGAGUGUCGGCUUAUAACAUGAAGGGCUGGGGUCCGCCCGCCUCCUCCCUCCCUCCAUCUGCUGCUCCAUCCAAUUGGCGGGAGAGCGAUGGCCGGGAACCCAGGAGGCGGGGCCACAUCGAGGCCAUGGAGCGUCUCCUGCAGCAGGUCCGAGCGACUCACACGCACUACUGCUGUGGAGAUGCCUCUAAGCUGCAGAACCCCAGCAGGAAGCAGUCUGUCUCCAGAAGUCUGAAACAUCUCUUCAACUCCUCCAACAAGUUUGUAAAGACACUGAAAAGGGGGAUCUACCUGGCGGCUGUGUUCUACCAUAAGGACAGUUUACUGGUGACGGCCGAGGAGCAGAUCCCCAUCGUGGAGGUGGAUGACUCGUACAGCAGCUCGCUCAUGCAGGACUUCCUGUGGUUCACAAAGCUGUCCUGCAUGUGGGAGGACGUCCGGUGGCUGAGACAGAGCAUGUCGGUGUCCAUGUCGUCGUCCUCCACCCUGCAGGCCAGGCACAAGAUGCUCACCGCCGCCGGGCAGCUGCAGAACCUCCUGGGAACCCACAACCUGGGCCGGGUCCACUACGAGCCCAUCAAGGAUCGCCAUGGCAACGUGCUGCUGGUGACGAUCCGCGACACGGAGAGCCAGCACUCGCUGUUCAGCGGGAAGUGGAUGCAGGUGACCAAACUGCAGAGCCAGAGGAAGUCUCUGUCCACACCCGAGGAGCCCUACGCCCUCGACAUCCUCAUCAUCACCAUACAGGACAUUUUGGCGUACCAACGGCGCAGCACCCACCGGCUCGCCCCGGGACUCUACUUGGGCUACCUGAAGCUCAGCAGCUCCGUGGACCAGAUCAAGGUCCUGGUGUCCCAGCGGACCCCCAACAUGCUCUGCCACACCCGCGUACGAGACAACGCCAACGUGUCCAGAGAGGAGUGGGACUGGAUCCAGACGCUGGCAGCUGCAGGAGAGAAGGAGGACGACCAGGGGGCGGGGCCCCGGGCAGAAAGUCACGCCCCUUUACUGUACUAUGAGCUGCAGACGGCCAUCAAGUCCCUGCUGAAACACAUCAACCUACCUCUGCACCAGGCCCGUCACUUCCGGCUCUACAGUCAGGAGGUGGUGGAGCUCGGUCACGGCGUCUCCUUCCUGCUGCUGCUGCCCGCCGCCGAUGACGUCUGCUCCGCCCCCGGACAGUCCAACCCCUACACCCCGCUGUCGGGGUUCCUCCACCUGCCCCUGCAGAUGUUCGAACUCGUGCACUUCUGCACCUACAAAGAGAAGUUCAUCAGCCUGUACUGCCGCCUGUCCUCCGUCCUCGACCUGGACGCCCUUAUUACCCAGCAGGCACUGCGGGAGGCCAUCACUGACGGCGAGGUGGCCACGGCCAAGCAGAGGCACCAGCUCAUCCUGGAUUACAUCCAGCAACUGGACGAGAUGCGGCGGGACCUUCGCUGGAUUACGGACGCCCUACAAUACGCACGCUACAAGCAGCCUCGAGGCGGCGUGCCCAUCACCUGCUUGGUGGAUGCCAGCGUUCCUGAGAGUGACUCCGGUCAACAGAAGACAGACUCCACUUCCUCAAACAUGGACUACCUGCCCACACCGUCUCCUUCCCCAGAGCUCCGCCGGAGGAAAGCCAUCAGCGAGUCGCUGCCGGGCUCAGAUGAAGAUGCAUCCUCGGAGGUGUUCCUGCCCACAGACAGCGACUAUGACUCCAGCGAUGCCCUGAGCCCCCGUGACCUGGAUCUGCUCUAUUCUCCGGGCCAGGAUCUGUCCCAGCAGGCACUGCGCUUGCUGGGCGGCAGCGCCCCGGACGUGCUCCAAAUCAACGAGCUCCGGUAUAGCGUGUGCCCGGCUAAAGACCUCCCCCUCUCCCCCGUGGUGAAGGAUCCUAAGGAUGCUCCCCUCUCCUCACCUCUCCUCCCUCGCGCGCCCUCUCGCUCUCGAACCCUGCCCACCUCACCCUCCCUCCCCCUCUCCCCCAGGUUCUCCAAAGAUCUUCCCCUGUCCCCGGCUCUGUUUGACACCACCCGGACUCUGGAGGGCCUCUCGCUCUCAAAGAGCCACCACGAGGGCCCCGCCCCCCUCCGGACCCUCGCCAACCCACCCGCCAAACGUAAGAUCCUGUCCAGGAGCCACCGCGGGCAGUACUUCAGUGGGCCCCAGCGCUGGCUCAGGGGCCACAGCGGGGAGAGUCACACCGGAUCGUUGUCAGAGGGAAUCUACACCAAGCAGCUCGACCCCGACCUGCCCCUGCCGGGGGACCUGCCCUCCCCGGAUGGCACCACCUAUGUCAGCCACGCCUCCUGUGUCCUGGAGAGCCGCAAAACCCGACAUCGGGAGCCGCGACCGCACGUUCGCAGGAUAUUCAUUGAGCCCUGCAAAGAGCUGUCACCAGGCCACGAGAGGAGGGGGUGGGAGGAGGAGGAGCAGGGGGCAGUGGUGAUGGAGAAGGUGAGGGCCGCAGGCGUGUCGGUGGUCGUGGAGGGGGAGGAGCCAGAGGGAGCCACCGCCCAGGAGGUGGACUCGGAUGACCAAACCAACUCCCAGGUGUCGGAGAUCCUCAGCAGCACGCUUUAAGGAAGAAGUUCUUCAGACAUAUUGGUGAUUGGCCGGGCGUGUUGCUGACGAGCUGCCCUCCGACCUCCGCAGAUUGUAAACUCAACUAAAGUUGCUGGUUCAACUCUGCCACGCCUCAGAACCCAUGGCAUCGACUGUUACCCAGGAAAAAAAGUCAAUGCAACGACAAACCAAGCACUGCUUCUCCGACCAGGAACUUUGCACAAGACUCUGCAUGUCGACCAACAAAAAGAAAAGAAAAAAAGGUGGUUUGAUUGAUUGUUGCGCUUAAGAAAAAAUCCCCAGUUUAGAGUUAUUUUUUGGACCCCGUCGUCAGAGCAUGGAUACCCACCCUCGACUUGAAUGUACGGUUCAGCCUGUUUGUUCGUGGCCGCCUGUGACGAUCCAAUCCCGUCUUUCAAUCACUGUUGUUCUGAGCUGCUCCUGUGUGCUGUCCUGGUGUUAAAAAGAAGAAAAUAUAUAUAAAUAUAUUAAUCGCUGAGUGUUGAGCACGGAAACGGCCUCAGUCACUAAACAAAGACCACUAAAACCUUAAAACAUGAAGUAUUUUUAUAUUUUCAGGUUUAAAGACCAACUAUUUUACCUGGAAUGUGGAUGACUAGUCGGAGCUGUAUUUUGUUGGCAUGAAGUAGUCUGUGGUGUUGUUUUUGUUUGUUUUAAUCUUUGACUGAAGCUUUACGUCCAUUUUGUGCUUCCUUUCUCGUUCGGCAUGAUGAUGUCAGGGAGUCUGUGGGUUCCGGUUUAGCCUUCGCCGUGUGGUCAGACCUGACGGUGUUUGUGCUGUCUUUGUUGACUUCUUGUUCAGCUUCUUCCACGAUGGCGGUGUUUUCUCUUCUGUUUUUUUCUUUUUUACUUAAAACUUGCAGCAGCUCCAUCUGUGUUGUAGAGAAGUGAUGUAGAGUGGAGAGCGGUUUGAACAUGCACAGAUUCUUAACGUAUGCACAGUAUUUUAAAAGUGCAUUUUUAACGUUUGCACAUAGCGAUUAUGGAAUUAAAGCUAAUUAAAUAUUUGAUUAAAUUGGGCAUUAACUCUGGCAGCUUCUACCACAGUGACUGUACAAAGGUCAGUUUAAUGUCCUACAAAGGGUUGACGAUAAGGCGUCAGCUUACAGGUUUGAUUCUGUCUCCAGAUGAUCUUUAGUGAUGUCUGAAGAUUUCAGCUUUACAACCAGACGCGCAAUAAAUGUACCAACACGUUUCUGCUGCAGCUGUCUCGUUAGCACAGCUCAUGGUGUAGUUAAAUCAUUUGUUAGUUUUCAUACUGAGAGUUACAGAGAAGAUCGUUACCAAAAUCAUGUCCGUGCUAAAGGUUAUCGCCAAUAUCUGAACGGAAGCUGAAGUCAUUUAAAAAUCAGGAUUAUUGAGGUUUCUCGCGUGAUGUCAUGAACACGUCGUCUGCCGUGGGCGAGAUGCAACCACCAUGGUUACUAUGGAAAUGUGUAUUCCCGAACUGAUUGGCUUUGGUUCCUGAGGUCUUUGGUUGAAAUGGGUUGCCAAGACGGUGGAACACCAAAAACGUCUUAGCGAUCACUUGUUGCUCACAGGUUGUCUGUAGUUUUUCAUGUUUGCUAACUGUUAGCCCGGCUGUAGUAAAACUUGAAAAAGUGCGAUGUGAACCAGAAAUGAUGGAGAAGGUUUGUGUCAUACUUUGGACAGUGUUUGUUUUCAGGUCUGUUUCUUCCAUUCGGACUAAGACCGCAGCAACAUGUUAGGAACCAAAGUCAUCACAAGGAACUUUGGACAGUUGGAGAAUGCACAUUUUCCUUAGCAAGGGUUAGUUACCACUGAUCGGGCCGUAGACCUGCGUGGCUGACACUUUAGUAAUCAUUUACCCCUCGCAACUGGUCUGGAAAUGAUCAGGAAACAACCGGUGGAUGGCAGAUGGUUUCAGACUGGUCUCAAGUCUUAUAAUUAUCUACGCUGACUCCAUGAUUCUCAUGUGUCUACAGUGGUGAACAAGUCACAUGGUUAAACCUCAGUAACCUGUCAUUUCAUAGGCUAAAGUUCCCUAAAAAAUCCAAAGAACGUCAUGUUUAUCUUUUGGCUCCACAUGACGACAAAACGAACGCUCAUGUUAGAGCACUAGCUAGCAUUAGCCAGAGGAAACACCAGUUUUAUGUAACGAACAUAGGUUAGCCAAACAGGACUAUCAGAUAAUUUUACGAUCUAUCCACUAUUUUAACGCAUUCAAUUUAGUUACUUAAGCUAGCUAAACUAACUAGGACCGCUUGCCAAUGUUAUUGUGGGCGAAAACUGUGAAUCCUAAUUAGCCAGCUAGCAAAAUUAUCAUUAUUAAGUCUAAGACGAUUGAGUUGAAGCAAAAGCAUUAAAUUAAAAGAUGUGGUAACGUAGAGGGAUUAAAGGCAGGGCGGUUAGCCAGCUAGCUGUAACGUCACACCGGCUAUUCAGUGGAGUUCAAACAUUUACAGCAUUUUCUGUCAGUACUAACAAAGGUUUCCUGGAUCUGCCAACAGUUCUGAAGCUUGACACGAGACAUGAUUUUGGUAUCGAACAUCUGACUGUCAGCAUUAGGCUACAUCCUCAUAUACAUGGGUAUUUUUUAAAGCAAGGAUUUCUUUUUGAAAAAUAUCAAGAGCGUGCCAGCAGGUGGCGAUAUAAGCCUCACUGCAUAAAAAUGCUGGCAGCUCAAAAGACUAUAAACAAUAAAUGUUUACUUUGGGACCAAAAGGCCCAGAAAAAGUCACAUUAACUAAAUGCCUGUGUACAUGUGGACAGGACCUUAAGCUAAACCAGUUUAUAACGAUUUAAAUUUUGUUUUUGUACCUGUGGCCAUCACAUCUUCUGAUUAUGUACAAGCAAAAUUAAUAAAGACUGAUCGUAGUCAUUCGAUGAGUAUUUGACCCGAAAAUUCAACCCACCGCGUGUCGUACUGUGAAUUUCGAUAGUUCUACAAAAAGUCAUGUUUGUGUUUAGCUGUCGACGUUCACGUUAAACGGCUAUUCUAGUUUUAGUUUCCUUGUGUACGAGUACAAGAUGACGCCAGCUAACGUUACAUUAGAAAUGUCAUUUCCAUCCAUGCCUCAUCAAACUCAAAAACACUGCAAAUGGGGAACACCGUAAAAAGUUUCCGUCAACAUUUCUUUAUUUGAAUUUAAUGCUUGAAUUGAAAACAUGAAAGCUGGAUGGAAACUUGACUGAUGACUACAAAGGUGUUGGCUACAGCUAUGGAAAUAAGAGUUGUAAUAAACAGCAGGAAGGAGACAGUUUCACUUCAUUAAAGUAAUGAAAGCAGCAGCCGGGUGACUCGCUCCACAGUAAGUUGAGUUUAUUGAUUUUGAGGCUCCUGUUUGUCUCACAAAGGCUUUUAUUCUGAAAGGCUGAACGCCUAAACUUUGUUUGUUUUUAUUGAUUUCACUCUGUCUUCAUGUUUUCUUUCUGCUGUUUUUAUCACGUCUGGUAUUUUGUCGUGAUGUGCGGACUCAGAAACGCCGAGUCGACCUUCUGUUUGUAUAUUUCUGGAUCACCUCCAUUUAUCUAAAAAUGCCUUUUGCGUUCACUUUGAUGCCACUUUAUUUAUUCGCAGCAGACGUUGAUGACGUGUUUUUUAUGGACUGCUUUACAAAAAGUGUUCAUGCAUUUUGACAUUUUGCAACCUCACAGGAAUGGAUGUAUUUUACCAGCUGAAAUAAACUCAUGUUGAUGUCGUGCACUUCAA